CUCACUCCUUCAUGUGUUCAGACUUGUGCAACAACUUUGUCCUAACUCUGUGCUCCGUGUAAAGUUGUCUGUGUAAACUAUGUGCGCUGACUGCCCCACUUCGGGCAAAGACAAGGAGACGAACUUAAAGCCAGGCGGGAUGGAGCCUCAAACAAAGCCGGAGCUGGGUCACGGUGCUGAAGGUGUUUGUCAAGGAGGAUGCGGGCUUCUUCUGACCGGGGAGGAGCACUGCUGCGUGGACGCUCUGCGCUCGGUCACCGAUGCCCUGGAGGAAAGAAGUCUGACUUUGGAGCACGAAGCUCGGAUGUCGAGGCUGAGGUGGAACCGGAGGGAGCAGUACCUGUUAGCCCAGGUGUCCAACCUGCAGAACGAGGCUCAGCUCGCUGCUCUCCAGUACCAGAGGAGACUCCACCAGUACAUGCUGCACAUCAACAGCAUAGCAGAGCAGGUCUCAGGCUACUAUAAGAGAGAAUUGGGAGCAACUUCUGACAAGCAGAGCCAGGUUUCUGACACAGCAACAUGUGCAGAAGAAGAGCAACUCAAAGCACCUGAGGUGAAUGGAAAGGAGCUGUCCAAGUCCAGCCAUGAGGAGACCGUGGAGGCCUUUCGUGCUGCCAAGGAGCCCGUCGUGGUGCAGGUCAUCAGGCGGACCCCUAGCGGCCGCCCCCACGGCCCCCCUCAGGAAAUCCAUGUGGUGGAUGUGUGCACUCAGACCGACAUCACCUUUGAACACAUCAUGGCCCUGGCAAAGCUCCGACCCUCCACCCCUCCUGUGCCUGACGUCUGUCCAUUUCUACUCUCUGACAGCUGUCACUCUCUUCAUACAAUGGACCAGGAUUACUACGACGGGACGGACUACCUCUCACCUGUUCCAGCUGAUGGAGAGAGGGGGGAGGAGUUUGAGUAUGAGGAAGUGGAACUGUGUCGACUAAACAGCCAAGAGAAACUGGGACUAACUCUGUGCUACAGGACAGAUGAAGAGGAGGACGUGGCCAUCUAUGUCAGUGAGGUCAGUCCAAACAGCAUUGCCGCCAGGGACGGACGUAUCCGGGAGGGGGAUCGCAUCUUACAGAUUAAUGGCCAAGACAUACAAGACCGAGAAGAAGCCAUGGCUGUGCUCUCCAGCGACGAGUGCAGAAACAUUGUGCUGCUGGUUGCCAGGCCUGAGAUGCAGCUGGAGGAAGCCUGGUUGGAUGAUGAGCACAGUGAGUUCCUGGAGCAGCUGAAGAUGGAAAUGCUGGAGGAGCAGCAGAGAGAGGAGAUGGAAUUGGCUGCCUUACAAGAAGAGUAUCAGGAGAGUGAGCAGAGACCUGAGGAUGACGAGCCUACCUGCUCCACACUGCCGCAUAAGGAUAAUCUACUGAGAAUAAAGGAAAGGAUGGAUGGCUCAGAGCAUAAUGUCCUGGCACACAUCCAGAGACGUCUGUCCCAGUGCCUGAGAGACAAUCGGGACACACACCGCACCACCGGCUCCACACGACUGGAAGACAAAGAGGAAGAGGACGAUGAUGAGAUGGAAGGUGAUCGCUUCCAGCAGCUGUUGGAGCUAAAGUGUCAGAUAAGCAACAGCGGCGAGUACGACCUGUUUUACAGUCGCCGCAGCACGAUUGAGUGCAGCAUGGGGGAGCAGGGCGGCGUGCAGCAUGAGUUACGUAUGCUCAAUGAAGAGCUGCGCAACAUCGAACUCGAAUGUCAGAACAUCAUGCAGGCCCACAACCUUCGAAAGGGACAGCAGUCUCCGUCCAAGGGCCACUCUGCACCCUCAACCAAAAACCAAAGCCUCAUUCAAAGUGACCCCUCCAGGGGUAAGCUAGCAGACAUUAAUGAGAGGCUGGAGAAAUCUGACAAAGACAGCUCCAGUGCCUAUAACACAGCUGAGAGUUCACGGAGCACCCCUCUAGCAAUGGACCGCUCCCCGGAGCACUCACUCCAGAGGAUGGUUAGUCUCACCAACCAAAGGAACCUCUGCAGCGGCCUCGCUUCUGGAACCUCCAUUAGUCCAAGUCCAGUGCCAGCCUGUCGUGCUCCAGUUCCGGGCAAAAGCAGCAGUCCAGACCACAGCAAACCUUCCAAGCACACACCUCAGGCUGAGGAGGAGAGCAGAGGAGUUUUAAAGCCAUGUGCUUCCAAGAUUCCUUACUUUUCUCCAUCCCACAGCUCCCAGCACAGACAGGCGAACAUCCCAGCUCACGCCCGCCACUACCAGAGCUACAUGCAGCUGAUCCAGCAGCGCUCGGCUGUGGAGUACGCCCAGAGCCAGCUCAGCCUGCUCAGUGUCUGCAAAGAGCCUCAGAGGCCCAUUAAUGAGCCCAAGAUGGAGUGGAAGGUCAAGAUCCGCAGCGACGGCACUCGCUACAUCACCAAGAGGCCUGUGAGAGAUAAGAUCCUGAGAGAGCGAGCUCUUAAGAUUAAGGAGGAGCGGAGCGGGGGAAUGACCACAGACGAUGAUGCGAUGAGUGAAAUGAAGAUGGGGAGGUACUGGAGCAAAGAGGAAAGGAAGCAGCACCUGGUCAGAGCGAAAGAACAGAGGAAAAGACGAGAGUUUAUGCAGCGUAGUCGCCUGGAAAGCUUGAAGGAGAACCCUCAGAGCAGCAGCGAGGGCCGCAAGGAAGUCAGCAUCAUAGAACUCAGCCACAAGAAGAUGAUGAAGAAACGCAACAAGAAGAUUCUGGAUAACUGGAUGACCAUCCAGGAACUGAUGACUCAUGGUACUAAGGCUCCCGAGGGAGCCAAGGUGCACAACGCCUUCCUCUCUGUCACAACUGUAUAAAGAAAGAUGACACAUUCUACCCCAUGUGGUAUGUGAUACUUGCCUCGUUCAAUGUGGCGUUUUUAUGAGGACAUUAGGAA